ACAAAUUUGAGGAGAUGGGUUUUGUUUUCAGAGAUGUGAUUGACUCGAAAGAGUGAAACUUUAUCCAAAUUUCCUCCUCACGAGAUUCUUCUUAUUCUUCGAAAUUCGGACAUGUAAAUCCCCGACCGAGUUCCCUUCUACACGGUCGGUCACAGUCGCCGUCGUUCUUUUUCUUAGGGAUGUUGGAUAAUAGAAUUGGCCCAACUUGGUUUGUUUAACUGAACCGACUUUGGUUUUAUUUCAUCAAAUUUUGUCGGUAGAGAUUUCAGGUGGUUAUCAAAAUCACGUAUGAUUAACUCCAGCCAUACAAGCUAAACCAAACCAAACCAAAAUCUUAAAUAUAUGAAACUAUUUAUCAUACUACCUAAAAAUGUUUUUAAUAAUUAUUUUAAUAAUCUUAUAUAAAUUAUAGUAUUUCAUACAACACAGGACAUGCUAAAAUCCUAAAUGAAACUAAAUUAAAUCUAACUUUUUUGGAUAUUAGCAUGUUCUGUGUUGUAUUACCUAAACCAACUUUAAUUUGUAUAAUUGUAUAAUGGUACUAAAAAUAAAAUAAAAAACAAUUCAAAUCAAAUAUUCAAACGUUUAGACCUUGUGAACACAGAUAAGAUUCGAGUUAAUUAGUUUGGAUUUUGACAUGAUUUGGAUUUUUCAGUUUAUGAAAUUUUGGUUAUGAAUAAUCUUUACUAAACAAAAUUUAGAUGAACCUAAUAAUCAUAUUGAAUUUUUUUAAUUUAUUCAAUUUUGAAAAAUUUGAAUUGGUUUAUAAAUUUACAUUAAAUACGAAAUACAACGAUAAUAUAAUUAUUUUACUAAACAAAAUAACUUUCAGAUUAUAAAGGAUUUUAUGUUAUUUAUAUAUUGGUUGUUAAAAAAAAAAUGUUAUCCAUAAACUGAUCUCAAUCCAUAUAUCCUUGUUGGGUUAACACUGGGCCAAACAAGAAGACCCAAACUAUUUGAAACUGAACAAAACCCUAACUCAGAAUAUAUAAACCCUCGUUUCUUGCCGCCUACAUUUCUAAACCCUAAACCAUGGCUGAGGGACUCGUGUUGAAAGGCACAAUGUGUGCCCACACCGACAUGGUCACAGCCAUCGCCACCCCAAUCGACAGCUCCGACACUAUCGUCACAUCCUCUCGCGACAAGUCCAUCAUCCUCUGAAAACUCACCAAGGACGACAAGUCCUACGGCGUAGCUCAGCGCCGCCUCACCGGCCACUCCCACUUCGUCGAGGAUGUCGCUCUCUCCUCCGACGGACAGUUCGCACUCUCCGGAAGCUGGGACGACGAGCUUCGUCUCUGGGACCUCGCCACAGGAGUCUCCACUCGACGUUUCGUGGGGCACACGAAAGACGUUCUCUCUGUUGCUUUCUCAACUGAUAACCGUCAGAUUGUGUCGGCUUCUCGUGACGGUACGAUUAAGCUUUGGAACACGCUUGGUGAAUGCAAGUACACUAUCGGGUCCGAUCACGGUGAUGGACACAAGCAAUGGGUUAGUUGUGUUAGGUUUAGUCCUAAUACGCUUGUUCCGACCAUUGUGUCUGGUUCUUGGGAUCAGACAGUGAAGGUGUGGAAUCUUCAGAACUGUAAGAUUAGGAACACUCUCGCUGGUCACUCUGGUUACUUGAACACUGUGGCUGUGUCGCCUGAUGGUUCGUUGUGUGCUAGUGGUGGGAAAGAUGGUGCGAUCUUGCUUUGGGAUUUGGCUGAAGGAAAGAAGCUUUACUCUCUCGAGGCGGGAGCGAUUAUUCACUCUCUUUGCUUCAGUCCCAAUAGGUACUGGUUGUGUGCAGCGACGGAGAAUAGCAUUAGGAUAUGGGAUCUUGAGAGCAAGAGUGUUGUUGAGGAUUUGAAGGUUGAUCUCAAGGCUGAGGCUGAGAAGUCUGAUGCCUCUGUCGGAACCGGAAACAAGACUAAGGUGAUCUAUUGCACAAGCUUGAACUGGAGUGCUGAUGGAAGCACAUUGUUCAGUGGAUACACUGAUGGAGUCAUCAGAGUUUGGGGUCUUGGUCGUUUUUAGAGUGAAGAAAAAGACAUGACUAGAAUCAGUUGUCGAGAAAAAGUUUAUUUAAUCUCUCCAAUUUUUUCAUCGACUCAAAUGGUUUCUCUUAUGUUUUAGUGUUUUUGAGAUUUAUUUGGUUUUGUAUUUCCAGGACCACUCAUAAGCAUGAUAUUGAUCCAUUGAUUCUAUUUUUGUCAUGUUUAAUUAUUAUACACUUUGAAAGUUAACUA